UAAUAUUUCUAAACAUCCUCUAAAAAAGUAUAUUUCAUUACACAUUUUGGAAUCUGAAAAGCUUCGUCAGACGUCGUUAUCAAGAAUCUGUCCUGAUUACGAAAAAUUUCAUUAAGGCCGUAGAACGAAAUUUUCAAGCUAAAUGCAAAAGCGCUUUGACGAAUGAUAUUGAAUAAAACGCGAUUUUCAAUCUAAUUCAAUUACACAUCCCUAAAUUAAAGAAUUUCCUCGUACAUCAAUUGAUUUUCUAUGGCAACGCCUGUGUAAACAGUUUCCAUAUUUGUGCAUUUCUUAUGCCAGAUGAUUUCAAUUUAUAUGAAAAGCACGUAAAUAUUAAAUAUACAAUGGACGAUACCGAUGAAGAUAUAGAAAACGUAGAAAAUCUUCCAGAAGAUCCGGAGUCAAAUAUACGGGUAUCUGAAACUAGUGCCAUUGCGACGCGAAGUGAAAUAUUUACAACUGAAACAAGUACUGAAUUUCAAGAUGAAAUAGAAUCUCAUGAGGACAAGCAAGAUAUUCCUCCUAUUCAUUACGACAGCCAGGAUUAUAUUUCCGGUCCUCAACGAACAGAAAAUGGAACAGUACCAAUGAACAUUUUAGAAUUUCAUCAUUCCUACGCAUACGAUUGUCAAAAACAUUUUAAUCUCUGCGUGGCAGAUCCGGAUACAAUUAUAUUUGCAUCAGGGAACUUAAUUAAUUUUUUUAAUUUCUCCGAGAAUAAACUAUGGUUCAGACGUGGAUCCACAGGAGGUGGAAUUGGACAUAUUACAAAAAAUCCAACUUUCAAUCACAUCGCUGUCGGAGAGAAUGGGAUUAACCCACCUAUUAUAAUUUAUGAAUGGCCAAAUUUGGAAAUUGUUACAAUACUGUAUGAAGGCACUACAAGAUCAUAUUCUCAUUUAGCAUACAGUCCAGAUGGCUUAUUGAUGGUUUCCCAAGGAGGAGAUCCUGAUUAUCUAAUCACAGUGUGGGAUUGGCAAAAGUCAAAAAUUAUGCUCCGAUGUAAAUCUUCUGGUCAAGAUGUUUUUAACGUUAUGUUCUCUCCCACGGUUGAGGGACACUUAACGUCCUGUGGCUCAGGACAUAUAAAAUUUUGGAAAAUGGCUGAAACUUUUACUGGACUCAAACUAAAGGGUGAACUGGGUCGAUUUGGAAAGACGGAAAUAUCGGAUAUAAGCGGAGUUUAUCCAAUGCCAGACGAGAAGGUCGUAUCUGGAUGCGAAUGGGGUAAUAUUUUAUUAUGGGACGAAGGACUGAUUAAGCUAGAAGUAUGUAAAAAGAACAAAAAACCCUGUCACGAUAAACAAAUAACCCAAUUCGAGUACAAUAAUGGUGAAUUGACAUCCGUAGGAAUGGAUGGAUGGAUACGAAUUUGGUUUUACGAAACAAUCGAUCAAGCCGAUCCGCCAGAAGGGGAUCAAUUUCUCGAAAUAGAACCGAUUUAUGAGUUUCAUAUUACUGAAGAAGAUGAAGAUGACUAUGACGCUGAACAAAGUUCCAUGUUAAUGUGUAUUCAAAAACAGAACAUUGAGGAUGCUGAAGAAAAUUUUUGGUAUGCUCAAGAUGGUAAUGGCGGACUAUGGCUAAUCGAUCUAAAUACUUUUGAAACGCCUGAAAGACCCAGAAAGAUUUUUACUUGCCAUGCGGGUCCUAUAACUGAUAUGGAUGUUGCAACUUGGGGACCCUUUGUAGCGACCAUUGGAAGGGACGCACAUCUUCACAUUUAUAAUUACUUUGAUAAGACCCUAAUUUUAGUUCACAAAUUUUGUGACAUCGGCAGCAAAGUCGUUUGGUUCCCAUGCGGGGUGGAAGCUACAGGAUGCACACUUGUCUGCGCCUUUAGCAGUGGAAUUAUUCGUAUGAUUACAGUGUCUAUUUUACAAGCCAAUAGAACGAAGAAAAUAAAAGGCGAUUACGUUAGAUUAAUACAAGUCGUUAGGCCCCACAAAAUGCCUAUUACGUCAAUGUCAUUGAACAAUACUCACAGUUUGCUUGUAACUGGAAGUGAAGAUGACACGAUAUUUGUAUUUUUCGUUAAUACCACUGCAACAUAUCCCAUUCUUGUACCUAUUGGAUUCGUUAAAGUGCCUUCUCCAGUCACUUGUAUGACAUGGAAGCCAAAUCAUGAUAUGACAAUUCUGGUUGGAUGUUUAAGAGGAGACUGCGUAGAAGUAACUUUACCAGACGUUCCACAAAAUUAUACAAAAAUGUCCUACGAACUUGUUCGUUGUGAACUCAGAAUAUUUAAGUUCCAAUCUGUUAAAUCAGCUAUAAGGAGAGCAUUGAUCCAGGCUGAAAUUCAAAAGAAAAAGGAAGAGAAGUUGGCAAAGAAAAAACAAGCACUAGAACAACUACGUGUUGACAAUCCUGGAAUUGACAUCGAUGAGGAAGCUUUUCUCAUGGACUCUGAGGAGGAGCCUGUACUUCCAGAGAUUUAUAUACCAAAAAUCCCAAAUCGUGUUUUAAUGGUGAAUUAUACACCCAGUGGAACAAUCUGGCUAUCUAUGAGUGGAUUUGAUGCUGGCUAUAUUUAUGAAUAUCCAGACCCAUUACCUGGCAAUUAUAUAAACAGGAAACCCACGAAAAGCACCAUGGUGUAUGCUGCUGAUGAUACAGAAAUAAAUAGCUGUCUCUUCUAUAAAAACAGGAAAUACUUAUUUUUGGGUAUGGAACACGGUGAGAUACGAAUAUGCCGUGUAAACCCAGAGGAUCACACAGACUUUUCUGAUUAUUGGAUACUUUCUAUGCAUGAUAACUACAAUGGAUAUAUUCCUAAAAUAUUACUCAGCCAUGAUCAGAAAAUGCUUUUAACGUGCGGACACGAUGGGAAUUUGUUUUCAUUUCUAAUAAACGAUGAUACUCCACCUUUAACAUUUCAUAUACCAAGAGCGAAGGAACCAUUACUACUGCCCAAUGUUAACGUCGAGGAUAUUGAGGAACCCGAUUAUCCAAGUUUGGAGGAAGUCAUUGUGAAAGCAGAAUACAACAGGAUUAUGACUGUUGCUAAGCAUAAAAAAGAUCGUACUCUUGACGUUUUACGCGAAUUGGCUGAAGAAUUUGGCAGAAUUAUGGAAAGUAAUCGCUAUCUAGUCAAGUCUCAACAAAUACCGCAAGAGGAAUUUGAGUUGGAUCCGAGAAUUACGGAAGAUUUAAAUGAACAACUCAAAGCGGAAAUGAAUUUAGUACACAAGAAGUUAGCUUUCAAAGUAGAGAAGAGUAAGCUGGGACUUAAGAAAUUAAUGGAUCACUUUAUUGAGCCUAUCACGUGCUUACCGUUUGCAGUGCGCAGAAUACUAAAACCUGACACAAUGGUGAACUCACUCAGAGAGCGAAAGCUAGGAGAUGAAUUUACAGCGACUCUUGAUGAAGUUACAAGACGUAUUGAGGAUAGAGAAAAAGCAGGCAGAAUGGUAGAAGUGAAGUCCCUUCAGGAAGAAGAAGAAGAUGAAGAGAAGCAAAAAGUACAAGGAAUUGAGAGUUUUCUCAAAGGUCUUAGUCCAUCAACAAUUCAGUAUCGAUUGGGAGUAAAAAUUAAUCACAUGCUAAGAAAAUACAGAUCUAGAAAGGCAAGAAUGGAAGAGCGUUACAACGAGUGGAAAGUUAUGAACGCCAGUAAACCAGAUCCAAGUGUAAAUCAUCCGGAUGAUGUACUGGCAAUUGAAGAAGCGAAAGAGACAAUUGGCAAUUAUAAGCUAAAGAUUUCUCCAGACUUUAAUCCACCUAAAGGAAAACGUGAAAAUACUUUGACAAAGUACAAGCAAUUUCUGAACUCUCGAAAAAGGGCACAUCACAUGCGAGAAGACUUCAACUCCAAGCUACGUGAAGUAAGAAGCAAAAAGGUGGCACUGUUCAAUGAAGUAAUCGAAUUGGUAAUGAAACUAAAAGAAAUUCACUCUGAGAUACCUGAGGAACGAACGAAGCCUCUGCCAAUAAUUCCAGUAAUUGAUCAAAACAUUGAAUUUCCUGAAAAAAAUUUAGAGCUUGAAAAAUACACAUCAAUGGCAGAACGCGUGAAAGAAGCAAAACGAAAGAAAAAAUCAUUCAUCGCUGAGAUCGUAGUUAGUCCUAACGAUGAGGAGUAUGAAGUAUUAUUAUUUGAUGAGAAAUCGAUAUACAUCGGCGAUGACGAUAUGCAGUCUACAGUGGCAUCAGUGGUCCCUGAAACAAAAUAUAGCGUCACAAAUGCAAUAUCUGGGGAUGUUCUUCAAACUCUGAAUAUGAGUGAUCACAUCGAAACACCCUGUGAACGAGAAAUGAAACGAGCUCGUGUUAUGCGUAAGAUUUAUGAACAAGAUUCUAUAUUAAGACAUAUUCAUGAGAGUUACGAAAUACUGGACAAUCAAUUGGAUGAGCUUGAACGUGAAAGACUUGAAAUUGUUGCGGAAAGUGUGUAUAUGGAUCUUUAUAUGUUAACGUUACAUCAAGAACUGAUUAUUCUUAAGGAAUUUGAAGCAAUGGAAAAUACAUUGGAAGAAAAGGUUAACGAAAAAUUAAAGGAGAGGGCUACUGCAAAGCAAAAGAUGCAAGCCAUGAAUAUUAAGAUUGAACAAAAAAUUCGAGAGAUUGCAAAAAUCCAAGAGAAAAUAAAAGAUGUAUUUUCUGAGUACAUGAGUAUGAUUAAUGAGAAUAGGUUUUAUGAAUUUUUACGAAGAAUCUUCAAGAAGAAAUAUAAACCACCGAAGACUGACGAUGAAUCUUCUGCGUCCUCAUCAUCCACCACGGAAUCCAGUACUGACGAUGACGAGGCAGGCAGCAUUGACAGUCGCGAAAUAGGUCCUAUUCAUGUUGACGAAAAUAUAUGUCCACUUGGUUGCGAUAAGGAAUUAUAUGCAAUGGCGUUUUCAAUGCGGGAAAGACGUUACGAGUAUGAGUUACAAGUUAAGGAGGAGCAGAAGUCAAUUGAGCUUCUUCGCAAGGAGAUUGAAAAUGAUACUAAAAAGAUGAAAGCGAUUGAGAACAACUUGAAAUAUAAUCAAGAUGAAUUGGAAGCUUUUAUGCGUGAGAAGCAACGUAAGCUAAAUGACAUUGAUAUCACUGUGAUUUUGAAAUUUCAUCAACUUCAACAUUUUACUGGUUCAAGUACCGUAGCUCAGAUACAAGACUGCACCGUUUUUGACAAAGAAAAAUUAUCGCAUUUAUAUGCGAGAGUCGAAGAAUUGCAAAAAGAGACGUCUGAUCAGAAAGCAAAGCAUAAGAAAAAUCGAAUGCAUCUUCACAGAAUGAAUGUAGACUGUAAGCAUAUGGAACUUGAGAUUAAAAAGUUAAAGGACAAUAUAAAAGAAGAGAUGAUGAAGAAGUUUGGACAGGAGAUAUCUUUGAAUGCAUUAUAUGAAGCUGUACUGCGCCGCAUGGUUUAUGAUAUUAAAGUUAAUAUAAAUGGGAUGAUAAGUUCCUUCGAGAAAGAAAUUAAUUCUGUUAAAGAAGCAUAUGCCGAGCGGGUGAAUAUUUUGGAGAAUCUUAUUCAGGAUAAUACAGAGAAAUUGAAUCUUUUGACAGUUUUGGAAGAAGAGAAGUCAAAAUUACGAAAAAUUUUGAAACACGUACCUAUGACUGAGGAAGAAAUAGAACUAAGUAAAUUGACAUAUCAAAAUGAUAUAUCAAAACUAAAAUCCAUUCUGAAGAGUCAAAUGCAUCAAAAAGAAUUAUUUCGUAACGAAAUUCGAAAUUUGAGCCUCAAAUCAAGACCUUUACCACCAAUUUGCUCCAAAAAGAAGUCUCAAAAGAUUAGAACAGAACCACAUGAAGAUGAACAAAUAUUAGCGGUCAUCGACAUUAAGACAGGAGAUGGUUAUACUAUUGAUAAAACUCAAGUAAAAAUUAAAGUAGAUGAUGUGGAAUCUAAUGAUUAUAUCGAAGAGGAGGUGGAACUGUCUGACGAAGAAAAAGAAGCAGAGGAUGAUACAAAGGAAAGAGAAAUAACAGAUUUCAGUUCUAGUGAAAACACAGCAAUGAUGAUUCAUCGUCUUUUAUCUCGCAUCAUUGAAAUGUCUCUGGGCGAUGAACAAGCGGAAGAAAGUACACAAGAGAUUUUAAACGAAGUCAUAUCAAAUUUACCAAUCAAUGGCAAUCAUGAUGAUUUGGAAGCAGGAAUUGAGCGAAGCGUGGAAAAUAUUGUAGCAAUGUUGCCACAGGGAAAUCCGGAACGAAUGGAAGCCAUGCGUCAAGCAGUGCGGGAGAGCCUGAGUGAUAUAAUAAUUCGUUUAGAUUCUGAAUCCAAACAAAUUAAAUCAGAUGAUACAGACCCUGAUGCGAAAGUCAAAAGUAAAAUUAACGAGUUGCUGGAAAAUGUGGGAAUAGAAACAGAGAACAUGCAAAUACAAAAUGAAUUAGUACAACUGAUAAAAAAUGGCCAAGGUGUAGAUGCCGUAAUGGAAUGGUUAUCAGAUAAAUUACCAGUAAACAUGAAUGAGGAAAGUAAAAAAACUGCACAAGAAUAUGCCAUGGUUACAUUAGCAGAGAUUACUGAACAAAUCAUUAUGAGUGAAGAACCUGUAUCGGUGCAGGCUGAGGAAGUUGAAGAAAAUAUUGUCUCAACUGAAAAUCAGUCAGUAAAAGAUGAUAUGAGCGUGGAUUAGUCUUUAAGUACGAACAGUAGAAAUAUAGCUGGAAUUGUUUUAUGAGUUGAACAUUAACUAGAUAGUUGUCAUUAGAAAUUCCAAAUACGAAUAAUGUGUUUUAUGCAAUGAUUCAUGUAUUUAAAUAUAACAAUAUUCUGAUUUGAUUCAGUAAGCUGUACGACAGCACUAUAUUAAAAAAAAAAAAACUGUAACAAACUGAUAUUCAUUUGAAAACAGUGUUUUAUGUUUGGCAACUAUUUCCCUCUGGGAACUUGAAGUAUUCUUAUUCAUACAAUUUACACUCAUAAUAAUAAGUUAUAUUUAACGUGCAGGCUUUCUAAUUGUGUUUAUAAGUAAUUUAUGUAAGUCGUAAUCUUAAUUAAUUAUUAAAAUAAGAACAGUAUUGUUUUGUUGCAUCAUUCAAUAUUCGGAAUCAAUCUUUUGUCAAAGAGACAUGUGCAAUUUUCCAAAGC